AUUCAAUUCCUUAUUAGCUCGCUCUCAAUCUUGCAGGCUUUUUAUACUUCCCUUUUGUGUAGCAAUCCAAUAAACUCAUAAAACUUUCCACCUUUAAUUUCUCUCUUUCUUUUUCCCUUCCAACUCAACACUUCUUCCUACCCUAUCUCCACUUUUCAAUACUUCUUUCAUCUGAUAAUAUAUAAUCAAAAUCCUUUUUUACAAGCUCCCAAAGUUCUCAUUACACUAUAAGGUUUGGAAAAAAUUUAGUUACUCUCAACUUCAGUCCACCAUAGUCCUUGCGUAACUACUCCCCUAAUCUCUGUGUAUGGAUAUUGAGCUCUUAAAGUCCGCUUCCGAAGACCAACUAGAUAUCAUGCUUAUGAUGCACGCCGACAAACUUCCCCCGGAGUUCUACUCCGCCGCCGCCGCUUACGACCAAGACCCCAAUGAAAUGCAGAUGAUGAUGAUGAACUUCCGCCCACACCAUUUCUUGGACCGUCCGGAAUCCACCAUAUCCUUCUCCGGCGGCGCCACCUCCCCCGAUGACCUCAAUCAUUACCAAGAUUGGCGAAACCCCAGCGACUACACGGGGGCGCCGAAAAGGACGGGGACGUCUAUGGCGGCGAUGCGGGAGAUGAUAUUCCGCAUUGCCGCGAUGCAGCCCAUCCACAUUGACCCCGAGUCCGUGAAGCCCCCGAAGAGAAGGAACGUCAAGAUAUCGACCGACCCGCAGAGCGUGGCGGCGCGUCACCGGCGGGAAAGGAUCAGCGAGAGGAUAAGGAUUCUGCAGAGACUGGUCCCUGGUGGGACCAAGAUGGACACGGCUUCCAUGUUGGACGAAGCCAUACAUUACGUGAAGUUCCUGAAGAAUCAGGUGCAGUCCUUGGAACGCGCUGCCGGCGGCGGCGGCGGCCAGUCAAAUAGGUCAACUCCGGCUGAGGCGGGGUUUCCGGGGACCAUGUCGUGUUCUUCAAAUUCUGCGACUGCCAAUUAUUUUCCCAUCACAUCUAAUGAUGAUAAUGUCCAUUAUCAGCAUUAUAACUAAUAAUUCUCAGUUGACUUGAUUAAUUGUGUUGGAGACCGUACCGACCAGAGUCAAAUGGAGAUUGAGGUGGAGAGGACUUCAAAGUUCUUAAUGAGCAUGGUUAAUUAAUUAAAUGCUUGCUCCGAUCCGAUCAUACAUAUAUAUUUAGUCUAAAAUUUAUCAAAAAGAAGAAAGAAUUUACCAUGCAUGCAUGCAUGUUGUAUAUUAUUGUUAUGCAUGUUUCUACACCAUCCAUUUGAUGGUAGUAUAUUACAUAUUUUGUUCUAGCUAGCUAAUAAAUACCAUGAGUAUAUGAAAAAAAUAUAUAAUAAAAAUAAAAUUGUGGAUGAUAAAUGGUUUUACUUUAAGAAAUCGCGAG